UGCCGGAUUGCAGUGUCGCAGCUGCAAAGAUGAGCGGACAGGAUAAGUCGGUCUUUCCGCAGCCCAAUCUCCUGCUCUCCAGUCUGAAAGUGGGAGCGCUGAGUGGCUCUGCGGGCCUCAUCUAUGGAGGCAUUUCAGGCGUGAUCCGGUCUCCGAACCCGGUGAUUCACUCGAUCGCCUCUGGAAUCCACUGGUCUGUAUGUGGAACCAGCUUCUGGUGGCUGCGAAGCAACCUCCUGUCGCUCCACUAUGAAGACAAGGCCACUCCCCAGCAACGCUCUUAUGUUAGCGCGCUGUCGGGCGGCGUAGCUGGAGGGACAGUGACGCGAAUGAUGGGCGGCCGGCUCAUCCCAGGGGUAGUGAUUUUCUCGCUACUAGGCUUUGUCGGGCAACGCUCGUACAAUGCGAUCGACGCAUGGCAAUUGGAGCGCGCGACCGCCCCCUCCAAGCCACUUCUGCAGCGCAUGGCCGAGUCCAAAUGGAUUCCGCUCAAGUCGCUCUCCGACGACGAGUACAAGGGCAUGUUGAAUGAGAAACUGCUCAGCAUCGAGGCCGAAAUCGCCCUCAUUGACGACAAGAUCGAUGAGCUUAGGUUGUCGAAGUCGAGAGAUCCCCUCCUGGCGCCGGAGCUUCCUCAGCCCGAUGCCAAUGGUGCCAAAUGAGCGCGUUGGCUGGACACAGCACGGGGAAGGAGAGAUCCAUCACCCCGAAUGGUCGGAUUUACAUGUCCGAUCCGUCUCCCAGGGAGGAUGCGACUCGUUGCGCUGGGUGGGCGUAGAUCAGCCAUCCAUCGAUCAAUCCAUCCAUCCAUCCAUCCUAGCGGAGGUAUAGCGGCAUCCAACCCACCCAUUGGUGCACUGGCUUGCACCUCAACCUCCGACAAGAGCGUCCUCCGACAGUACUAAGUAGUAGGGAAAUCACUCCGACUUGCGCCCGCAUGGGGGGUGUUUCAGAAGCCAUCAGAACACAACAUAUACUUAUCAUUUCCC